AUGUCUCGGCCGGAGGUGGAUAUCACCCCAGAGGAGCUGAAGCGAUUCGAAGAGGCGAUGAAGAAAGAGGAAUUCCGAAAACUGUUGGUUGAGUAUGCCGAAGAGAUUUCAAACCCGGAGAAUCGUAAGAAAUACGAAGACGAAAUUCAGCAGAUGGAGGCUGAGAGGGGAAUGGAUAUUAAAUUUAUAAACCCUGAACCGGGACAUGUAAUAAAAUCGACCUUAGACAGCGACGGAAAAAAGAAAAAGGCUUUUAUAAAUAUUUGUAAGAACGAGAAUAUAGAGAAGGCCACUUUUACCAGGCAGAAUGGCCCUAAUGGUUGUGGGGUUAAUUGGUCCAUUCCUCAUUCUCUGACUAGACCCCGGGAUGAUUUAGACAGGAGUGGUGAGAAAUGCACCGUUUAUGAUGUUGUCUUUCACACUGAUACGUAUAGAAUGGCUGAGUCAAAUUCGCGAUUUAAAAAACUGGUUCAUGAUACAGCCUUGGAUGCGAUUGAAGAACACUUCAAUGUUAAAUUAGACAAGAAAAACAUUAAGACCCCACGACUGAAAAAUAACUAUAAGGGUGCUAUUACCUCAUCAGUUUUGAGGACCCGCCGUGAGGGUCAUGCUGGUCAGUGCGAAGGGCCUCCAGCGGACAGUAUAUUAAACCAAAUGCCUUAUCCAUACGAUAGCAAUAAAACGACUGAGGAAAUGACUACUGAGUGGUUAGAAAAAGAGGGUCGUCGUAAAGCUUCUAAAAGACAAGCAGAAAAGGUAGUAUCCAAUGAAACCACUGUUAAAGAAUCCUCAUCUCAGGGCAAUUCUUCAUCAUCAACAUCUUCCUCUCUUAAAGCGGAUUCUUCUGUAUCACAAUCAACAGAAGACAAACCCAUCACUCCUAAAUACACCAUUCUCCACCGUUCAGCAGUAGACUUGCAGGAAUUCCGUAAUGCUCCAGAUGCCAAGACAAGCACCAGACCAAAAGAACUGGUAAUAUCCAUAGACUUACCAAAACUCAAGUCAGCAAACACGGUUGACCUAGACAUUGUUGAGAACCAUAUCAUGUUAAAAUGUACAACACCAGCUUCAUAUGAACUUGAGUUACGGCUACCUUAUCCUGUUGAUGAGACGAAUGGAACUGCCAAAUUUGACAAGUCUAAGAGCCAGCUAAAUGUCACGCUGCCUGUGAUUCCGGCACAACCAGAAUCUUUGAUGUUUUGUUCUGCUCCAGAGGACGAGGACGUGUCCAGUGAUGUUGACUCCGAGAGAGGGGCAUCAUUGGAUGAUGGCUCUGAGGUAUCGUAUGAUUCUCCAAGCCCAGUAGCUGAUAAAGAAUGCGAAGACCUCAAUUCCGAUGAUGCAGUAAUGAAAUCCCCGUCUGAUUCUGACACCUGUGGUAUGUUAACGAGCACCGACUUGUGUCAGCUUCCACCGUUUAUCUUCUCACAGGAUGACAAAACCGUCACCUUUGUGAUUGACGUGGCUAACGUCAACCCAAAUAGUAUUAUCCAAAAAUAUAAGAGUAAUAGUUAUGACCUGAUCUUCCUCUCUCAGGGUAGCGGGUGCUUCCCUAUUCAUUAUAGAUUGUAUAUCCAGUUCCCUGAAGGCUGUAAUAUCAGCCCUGAAGAAGAUGUGUUGGACCGCUCGGAAGAGAACUUGGUAGCUCUGUUACGCAAAGACCAGAAAUCCCAAGAACUGUGGGAUGGUUUUCUUGUCGGGUUUGAUGAGAACAACUUAGAGCUUUCUUUGUACUACUAUCAUUGUCUGCCAUCUAGUCAGUACAAGUUCAUUCUUGAAAAAAGAAAUUUAGGACUCUCAGCUUUUUUCACUCACUCUGUCUCUCUCCUUCUUUUGCUCUCGCUCACUCUCUCUCCUUCUUUUGCUCUCGCUCACUCUCUCUCCUUCUUUUGCUCUCGCUCACUCUCUCUCCUUCUUUUUGCUCCCGCUCACUCUCUCUCCUUCUUUUGCUCUCGCUCAAUCUCUCUCAAUCUCUCUCGCUCGCUCCUUUUCUUUCUUUCUCGCUCGCUCUCUUUGUAA